GGACGUUUUGUCUCUUAAGCUAGGAAAAAAGAAGAAUCAUCGUGAUGUCGAGCAGGUUCGCAUUGGCCGUCGGUUGCUUCCUGGGUGCCGCCGGCCUCACCCUCCUUCACCAUUCCAAACGCGCCAAGAAGGAAGCCGAGUUUCUUACUUCCGCCACAAGGCUCGCCCUCAAAGAACUAGGGAAGCUUUUCGACGACGACAAUCGAGAGAGAGACCCGCCUGCUCUUGUUGCUGUCUCGGGAAGAGUUGGGUCCUCGGAGCCGAUCGCUUGCAAGAUCAGCGGCCUCAAAGGUGUUUUGGUGGAAGAAAAGGAGGAGCUAGAGUUCGAAAGGAAGCAUCCUGUUUAUGGGUGUUGGAGUCGGGAUUCUGCCCUAACGAACUUGAAGACCAAAGAGGUUCCCUGGUAUCUGGAUGAUGGAACCGGUCAGCUUGUGUAUGUUCGGGGAGCCCGUGAAGCCUGUCGUUUCAGCUUUGCUGUGAAGAGGGAAGUUUUUGAGGAGUGCCCCAAAACACCAACUGAACAUAAAUUCCUCAAGCUUUUUGGAGUGAAGCGAACUGAGAGCCUGAUCCCAACUGGUACCUCCUUGACUGUCGUUGGCGAGGCUGUAAGAGAUGAAAGUGGGAGAGUUUGGGUUCAGCCACCACCAGAGGAGGAAGCGCCAUUUUAUGUCUUUCAAAUGACCAUGGAUGAACUUGUUGCCUAUCUGAAACAGAAUGGAAGCCUCUUCAAGGAUUUCUCCGAGGUUUUGAUGAUAUCUGUUGGUUUUGUGGUUGUGUUCGGGUGGAUGUGCUGAGGGAGGAGAACUUCCCAGAGGAGAUGAAUGAAUUGAGAAACAAAAAUUUGCAGCAAUUUUGGAGGAUCGCGCGUAUUCGACUCUUACGAUUUCUUUU